AUGGACAAGCUCACUACCCAGACUAGUCGCAUGACCGUCGACUCCACCAACUCCGAUGCGCCCAACACAGAACUUCCCUUUUCACCGUCGUUUCUCUCCUACUUCGACAAAAUCUACGCCUCUUUGACGGCUCUGACUCAACAUGAUUUCCUCAAAGACGUUCAGCGUGAAGGUGGUCAGGGAAAAUCCGAUCCUCUGGCCACUUUGGCGGAGCUUUAUGAGUAUAUGGCUAGCCCGGAGGCUGCUGCCAUGCGACCAGCCAGUUCACUAGACCUUUCGGCGCCUAUCACGGACUAUUUUGUCUCCACGAGUCACAACACGUACCUGACCGGGAAUCAGCUGUACAGUGAUGCGGAGGCUAGCUCUUACACCAAUGUAGGCUCCACCCCUUAUAUCCCUCACUCUGUACCACAAACAUUACCCGGGGUGCCCAAGUGCAUUGCAGCGCUGGUCCUACUAAGCGGCUGCAGAUCCGUUGAAAUAGAUGUUUGGGAUGGAAAAGGAGAGUCAGAAGACGAUGACGUGCACAGUAGCAACAGCGACUCGGAGUCUGAAGAAGAGAAGACUGGGUCCGUCAAACCCCGUCGCAGGUCAAAAACAGAAAGAUUAAAGAGCGCAACCUCAGGCCAUCCGCGACUACAUGCCAUCUCCGAGGAGUUUGGAAAGCUGGAAGGCUUCCUGGGCCACCACAAGCCGUCGAUUGGUAGCGGGAGCUCGGGCAAGAGUGCUGGACGCCCAGAACCUAGGGUGCUUCAUGGCCACACGCUCACGAGAGAGACGAGCUUUCGCGAAGUAUGCUAUGCAAUCCGUGACAGUGCUUUUGUUACAAAUGAUCUUCCGGUGAUUGUCAGCUUGGAGGUUCAUGCGUGUCUGGAGCAGCAGCAAACCAUGGUGGAUAUCAUGGAAGAGGCAUGGGCUGGGAUGUUAAUUCAAGUGACCCCCGAAAUUGAAGCCCGGGUAAUACCCCCACCUCUAGAAGAUUUAAAGCGGAAAAUCUUGAUCAAAGUAAAACACGUGGACUCCGCGGAUGAAGACGAUGAUCGAGAGGCUAAGGAGAAGGCCAUGUACUCGGAGCAUAUGCAAGCCCUGAAGCAGGACCGAAGCCCGACAAACUCGGUCGAUCUGGCUAAUUCCACCGCCUCCCCGCCUCCCCGCAAGCACUCGAAGAUCUCACAGGCACUCAGCAAGAUGGCCAUUUUCACAAAAGGAUUUCAUUUCCAUGAUUUUGCAUCGCCAGAGGCCAAAGUCCCCAGUCAUGUGUUCUCUCUGUCGGAGAGCGCAGUCCGAGAAGCCCACGCAAAGGACCGGGAGGCCCUAUUCGAGCACAACCGGCAUUUCUUUAUGCGUGUGUAUCCAGCCGGCAUGCGGGUCAACUCCUCCAAUAUGGACCCCAGUUUCUUCUGGCGACGGGGCGCACAGAUGGUGGCCCUGAACUGGCAAAGCCUCGACAAGGGAAUGAUGCUUAACCGAGGCAUGUUUGCGGGCGGGCUAGGCUGGGUGCUGAAGCCGCCUGGCUACCGAGGUGCCGAUACGGAGGUCAUGGCCCCUACUCUUCGACAACUCGAUCUAACUAUUGAAAUCCUCGCCGGCCAGAACAUCCCACUGCCUGCUGGCCACAACAAUGAGCAGCGAUUCCAUCCCUACGUGACUUGUCUUCUGCAUGUGGAGACGCCGGAUGACGAGCCUGCAGCAGCAGAUGAGGACUCGGAGUCUGAAAAGUCUGGCUACAAGCACACCACGCAGAGUGCGCAUGGGGCCAGUCCAGAUUUCGGCGAGCAAAAGCUUCAGUUCCCGACAGUAUCUGGAAUUAUCGAUGAGCUGACCUUCGUCCGGUUUAAAAUCAAGGACAACGAGUUCUUACGUGAUGCGCUGGCCGCAUGGGCGUGCAUUCGAUUGGACCGACUCCGCGAGGGCUACCGACUCAUCCGCCUGUAUGACCACUCCGGGUUGGAAACCGAGGGUACUCUGCUAGUACGUAUCACAAAGGCCUAUGUCUAAGAGGGUCUUGAUGACCUCAGUUCGCUUGUCCUGUUUCUACAUGGGCCAAGUAGGCAUGAACAAUUCCAUUAUUUGAAUCUAUUGAGCGGGCUGGUGAAAUUCGAAAGUAUAGAACGGGGCUGUCAUGUCCAAAGACCGUGUAUUCCUGCGUUGCUGUUAUUUACAAUUCAAGCCUGCCGUGAAAUUUGUUCCCACGCAAUUUCAUCAAG